UUGCUUUGAUUAGACUUAAAACAAGCUUUGAGUUCAUGAACAAUCCGUACAUACAGCCGAGCCUACUUCUUGCUAAGGAGUGUGGGAAAAUAGACUCAGGCGGCAAAUGUAUUCAGAGUCUAACAGACUGGGCAAAUAAAGUGAAUUGUGUGACUGCAGGUUGGGGACUAACUCCUAAUAGUGGUCUUACUAAAACAGGAAAAGAUGUGGAAGUUUGGAUUAAUACUGAUAGUCCAAAUAAAAAGGAGAGUGUCAUCAAAACAGAGAGUAAAGGCAAUACAUUACCUAUAUGUGAGGGCUUCAGUGGCAGUCCGCUCAUGUGUACUAUCAACACAACAGGAAUGCACUUUAUUCCCCCACAACAUAUGGUUGUACUAGGAGUAAACAGCGUAAAAGAACCAGAGGGAUGCCUGAAUAGUGAAGUAGCAAAAUUCACUCAAACAUCUCUGUUUUACUACAUGGAAUGGAUAUCACAAAAUGUUAUAGGUUGGAGCCAAUGGGGAGGAUGGAGUAAAUGUUCCAAAUCAACACAAAAAAGGUUUCGACUGAGAUCGGGGUUUUUCCCAGAAUAUGGUUAUCUACCUAGUGAUGGGCCACUUUACCAGAGCUAUAGUGGUGACCAGUUACAGGUGGAGGAGACCAAUUGUGAAAUCAUAGUUAAAACAACCACAAAAUUGACAACGCCAACAACCAAAGAAUCUACAACCAAAGAAUCAACAACCAAAGAAUCGACAACCAAAACAACCAAAGAAUUAACAACCAAAACAACCAAAGAGUCAACAAGCCCAACAACCAAAACUCCAACAUCUUCUCCUACAGAGCAAGUCAGCUGUAAAGAUGUUGCAAAAGGAAGUGAACAUAAAGACAUGGAGCUGAAGAAUAUUGUAAAUGGUACAACACAGAAAGCCUAUUUGAAGAAUAAACUGGCAGGGAAAAUUAACUCUGAAGCUAAAAAUGCUAUUGAUGGCCAUACUGAUGGUAUCCACAGAAAAAAUGCACAACACCCAUGCGCCCACUCUCUCAGUAAAACUAAUGAACCAUGGUGGUUGGUUGACCUGGGAAGAUCCUACCAUAUAUCAGGGGUCAAGUUGUGGAAUCGCCGAGACUGUUGUGGAGAGAGACUAAGAAACUUUGAAAUCAUGGUGACAAAUGAGUUAAUUGGAGAUAAAACUGAUAGGCAAAAAGAUUCAGAGUGGAAACAAUGUACAAAAGUUAGUGGGAUCUUAAAUACUGCAUCGGAAGUUCUAUGUUGCCAGACACCAAUGCAAGGGCGAUACUUAAAGCUGCAGAUGCUUGGGGAAAAGGAGACAUUAACAUUAUGUGAAAUUGAGAUAUUUGGAGGUACUGACUCCAGUGUGGACUGCCUUUGUUAUUUAAAAAAUAAUUAGUAAUUCCUUGAAUUCUUUCACAGAACUCUUAAUUUACUAGAUCAAAAAUUAUGCCAGAUUAUUUAUUUAAUUGCAGUUUACAUACAGUAAUUGGAGAAAGCUAAUUAGCAAGUCUCUCAGAAACAUAUUUAUCCAAGAAUCUCUGUAAUAAAAAAUUGUUAGAGUAUUGUUUAAGUCAAUAAAUUUUGAACUGUAAGGCAUUAGACCUCAAUCUACAGGA